UGAUUUUGCAUUUCCGGGGGGGAGAACUGUAUGUAAACAAAACAGUUUUCUGUCAGCUUGUGCACACUGCUUUGGAUGGCUGUGCACAGCACAGCCAUGCAAAGCAGUGUGCUUACAGUGAAGCACAUGGACGCAGCACAGAGUAAAACAGCACUCAGCACGCAGUUAACCCUUUGAUUGCCCCUCAUGUUAACCCCUUCCUGCCCAGUGUCAUUAGUACAGUGUCAGUGCUUUUUUUCUUAUAGCACUGAUCACUGUAUUGGUGUCACUGUGGAUAUUAGUGACACCAAGUCAGUUCCCCCAGUGUCAGAAUGCCCGCCACAGUCCCGUAAU